AUGGAGUUCAUCGAAAACCAGUAUUUGGACGAAAUCCGUUCGACCAUAAGAGCACGAAAGGUGCCAUGGGAAGGCUAUGUUCGGGCUGAAUUGCUGAAUGCUGAACAGGCGUCUCUGUUUAAAACUCUCGAAAAGUACCCAGUCGCCGAGUGGGUAAAACCAGUGUCCGAGAACCUCCAACAGUACGUGUCAACGACUAUGGCGCUCUUGAGCCCGCCUAGUAGAGACGAUGUUGUAAGAUACAUUGCACUCUUUGUUGGUGAUGUCAUUACAACGAUUCCGGAGUUCACUACUGAGCUCCUUGCCGAUUCCAGAUGCUGGCCCGCCCUGACUGCUUUGUUGACCAAACCCGACGAGCAGAUCACCAUUUUAACUACCCGUGUGCUUGCAGUCCUCGCCAACAGCCAGAUAGCUCCUGUCGAUGUAAUUGCUGAGCUGGUUGCCUUCCUUGGCGAUAAGUUUUUGACCUCGCCCAACACAAACCUCCAAGAUAUCGCCGUCCAAGAGUUGGCUUUGCUGGCCCAAACCAAGUUUUAUCGGCCUGUUAUUUGGGAGAAACGCAGUGUUAUUCUUCCCCAGAUAAUUCAGCUGGCCCAAAGCCCCCAAUUCGGCCUACAGGUCCAGUACUAUUCUCUGCUCCUGAUUUGGCUCAUUUCUUACGAUCGCACUAUUGCCAAAGGGUGUAUCAGCGAAUACAAUUCGGCACAAACACUUUUGGAAACUGCCAAAAUCUCAGUAAAGGAGAAGAUCGUCCGGGUAUCCGUUGCUACUCUGGCCAACUACGUUCGAUUUAGCCCGCACUCUGCAAUUCCUGCUAUCAUCUCUCAGCGCGGGUUGCAGAUUGUUAAUUUGCUCUCUGAGCGUAAAUGGGCGGACGAUGAGCUGCGUCAAGACGUCGAAACGCUCAAACAGCAGCUUACCGAUGCCUAUAACUCGAUGACCACAUUCGAUGAGUACUAUGCGGAACUCAAAACUAAGCGUCUCCUAUGGAGCCCUACUCAUCGCAGCGCCACAUUCUGGAAAACCUAUAUCGAAGAGUUCCGAAGCCAAGACUGGGCGGUUCUCAAGCAACUCGUUCAGCUGCUCCAGACAAGCGAAGAGCCAGUGACUCAGGCUGUUGCUUGCAACGAUAUCGCAUGCAUUGUCAAUACCGCACCUCAAUCGGUCACUGUGUUGAACAAGUUAGGAGCAAAGAUCAAGAUUAUGGAGCUUAUGAACUCGGCAGAUCCCGAGGUACGAUACGAGGCCCUUAAAGCUACUCAAGCUCUCAUCGGGCAUAUGUUCGCCUCUUAA